AUGAAUAUGAAUACAGGCCAAUAUCACCAUCGGCCUCAGAUGGCUGGCUUGCUUGCCGACGAAUUUCAGUAUGGCGACUAUGACAGUGAUUUGGAUACCUCAGCCCAAGCUUCUCAAUCUAACUUCUCCUUCGACGGCCUCCCUCGAGCCUCAUCCCAACAUCUCAUGAAUAGCCCUUCCUCCUCCUCCAACAUUCUAUCCACCUACAGCAACCUUCUCCAGCCGAUCCCCAUGUCUCAAACUUCCGUUUCCUGGACGGACGCGAUGCAGAGCCCUGGAGGUUUCCAGGAUCAAAAUAACAGCUUCUACCCCGGGUACUCAGCCUCAAACCUCCCCCUCAACGGGCACCACGGCAACUUCUCCCGAGGCCCAGCGUACCAGCAGCCUCGCUACAUACCAAACAUGUACGGUCUCAGCGACAACGACAACGCCAUGGCUCUCGACGAGAGCUACGCAGCGCCCUCCGCCUACAUCCUCGACUCUAAGCGGAGCGCCAUGCAGCACUCUCCAGUCAUGACCUCCCCCUUCGACAACCAGCACAUGAACAAUGCCCGCGACUUCCAACGAAUGAGCAUCUCCCACAGUCCCGUGCCCAAGAUGGAGGAGCUUGAUGAGUCCCAACUCGACUUCUCGUCUUUCGAGACGGCGCCUCCCUUCAGCCUGCCUCCAAGCGAGACUUCGGACGAGGGCAACACCUCGCGUGAGAUGACGGCCGCGGACGUGGAGGAUCACAACGACUUCUGCGAACAGAACCCCGAGGAGCCUUACGCGAAGCUCAUCCACCGCGCCCUGAUGAGCGUGCCGAGCAAAUCCAUGGUUCUGCAGGAGAUCUACCAGUGGUUCCGGGACAACACGCAGAAGGGCGGUACGUGCAGCAAAGGAUGGAUGAACAGCAUCCGCCACAACCUGUCCAUGAACGCUGCAUUCAAGAAAACCGAGCGCAAAACCCCCGACAACGACAGCAAGAAGUCCACGGAAUGGGUCCUCGAGGAGUUCGCCAUCCGAGACGGCGUGCAGUCCACGACCCGGUACCGCAAGGGCACCAGCAGCAAGAAGUCCUCCCGGAACGAAACGCCGUCGCUCGCGCGUGUCGUCUCCGGCCGCAGAGGCGGCAUCUCCACCAAGCAGGCCAAGCAGCAGCAGCAGCAGCAGCGCCAGCAACGUGCCAAGGACGAUCAGCGACGAGACUUCUCGCGCUCAAGCCAGCGCGGCGACAGCAUGAGGAUGCGCCGCCCUCAGUACCAACAGCAGCAGCAUGACUCGCCAUCCCACAUCAUCCAAAGCUCGCAGCAGCAGCGUCAACGAUCGCCCCUGACGCCACCCAGCGCGGUGGAUUUCUUCGCCCCAUCGGCGGCGGCGGCGACUACAUCCCCAUACUUCUUCGGGGGGAUGAAGGUGGAGCAGGAGAGCAGCCCUUACGACGACAUGCACCAGCUCUACCGGCUGGACGACGUCCAGGGCUGCGUCGAGGACAGCCCGCUCUUCAGCAGCAACGGCGAUGGCGGCGAUGUCCAUUUCCACACCGGCCCGUCCAUGUCCAGCAGCCAGCAAUACUGA